ACCCGGAGCGCCCCUGCCCGCAUCUUCCUGACCCCCCGUCCCAGACCAUCGUGGCUGUAUCGGAUGCCCAGCUCCACGCAGCUCCCUCCCUGCACACAUCACCCUGACCGCCCCCUGGAUCAAUGUGGACCCCUCCGGUCCCUCGCAGCCCCCCCGGCCCAGCUCCUGCCGGGUACCACCUCCUCAUCCGAGAUGCUGCAGUGCUCCCGGGCAUCCCUGGUGGUUGGGUGCCCCAGACUUCAUGGCAAUUUCUUAAGGGAACUACGGCUCUCAGGCUCAUCCCGACCCUCCAGGGUACCACCAUCCAUCCCACAGCUCCGUGCUCAUCUCGGGGCUCUGCUCCCAGCACCCCAGAAGAGCACGUGGCACCUUGGCCCUAAAGCAGCUGCUUUCCCUUGCCAUAGGCAGGUGAAGUCCGGGGGGCUGCCUGGAGGAAUGGGCUCAGUGGGGCCGUUCUGCAGGGGCAGGGAUUGGGAUGACCCUGAGAGCAAAGGAUGAAGCUGACGGUGAGGCCGGACCAUCCCCAUGCUGGAGCACCGCAGGGCAGGGAUACUUUCUUGCAUUCAAUACUUUUUUAGGCAUGGGGCAGCAAAGAACGAGGACACCUCCAAGACCUCCCCGUUCCACCUCGACCUCUGGUUCUACUUCACACUGCAGAACUGGGUGCUGGACUUCGGCCGUCCCAUCGCCAUGAUAAUCCUGCCGCUGGAGUGGUUUCCCUUGAACAAACCGAGUGCUGGAGAUUAUUUCCACAUGGCUUACAAUGUUAUAACACCGUUUCUUCUGCUAAAGCUCAUCGAGCGCUCCCCAAAGACGCUGCCACGAUCCAUGGUGUACGUCAGCAUCAUCACGUUCGUGAUGGGCGCCAGCAUCCACCUGGUGGGCGAUUCCGUCAACCACCGCCUCAUCUUCAGCGGCUACCAGCACCACCUGUCCGUCAGGGAGAACCCCAUCAUCAGGAACCUGAAGCCAGAGACGCUGAUUGAUUCCUUUGAGCUGCUGUAUUACUACGACGAGUAUUUGGGUCACUCGAUGUGGUACAUCCCCUUCUUCCUGAUCCUCUUCAUAUACUUCACCGGCUGCUUCACACCCGACAAGGAUGAGAGCAGGAUGCCAAUAUCUGCACUGCUGCUGACGGGGCCGAGCAGCCUCUAUUAUUGGUACCUCGUGACCGAGGGGCAGAUCUUCAUCCUCUACAUCUUCACUUUCUUCGCCAUGAUGGCUUUGGUGAUGCACCAGAAGCGCAAAGGGCUGGUGUUGGACAGCAACGGGCUCUUCCUCUUCUACUCGUUCAUCAUCACCUUGGUUCUGAUUGCUGUGUGGGUGGUGUGGCUGUGGAACGACAAAACCCUCAGGAAGAAAUACCCCGGGGUGAUUUACAUCCCCGAGCCGUGGGCUUUUUACACCCUGCACAUGAGCAACCUCCAGGCGGCGAAGGAGAGUUUAUAGGUUUUGAUAUUUGGGAGCAAAUCAAAGGGAAAAAAAAAUAAAUAAAAAAAAUAAAAUCUAGUUUUUCUAAUGUAGAGGUGUU